AUGAUGUCGAUUCCACAUAAGCAUACUGCCAGAACAACAACUGGUGUAGUUCCACCAACCGAAAAAAAGAAGGGAAGUAAAUUGUUUGCUUUAAAGACCGAUUUCUUAAAAAAUGAUGAAGAUUCAAUUCAAAAAGGAAUUUUAGAUCAUGUUGAAUAUACAUUGGCAAGAACCAAAUAUAAUUUUGAUUCAUUUUCAGCCUAUCAAGGAUCAGCAUACAGUGUAAGAGAUCGUUUGAUUGAACGUUGGAACGAGACACAACAAUACUACACUGAAAAGGACCCAAAGCGUGUCUACUACUUGUCGUUGGAGUUUUUGAUGGGACGUUCACUCCAAAACGCCAUCUAUAACAUGAACCUCAAGGACGAGUACCACAAUGCACUUUUAGAGCUCGGUUUUGAACUCGAGGACCUCUAUGACGAAGAAAAGGACGCUGCCCUUGGCAAUGGUGGUCUCGGACGUUUGGCCGCCUGCUUUAUGGACUCGCUUGCCACACUCAAGUACCCCGCCUGGGGAUACGGUCUGCGUUACAACUAUGGUAUGUUUGAGCAAGGUAUCUAUGACGGCUACCAAACCGAGGUACCUGACUACUGGUUGGUUGCCGGAAAUCCAUGGGAGAUUGAACGUUUGGAUGUGCAGUACACCGUCCGUUUCUACGGUCACGUCACUGAACGCAAGUCGGGUGACCAAAUCAAGUACGACUGGGAAGGAGGUGAGCUCGUACAAGCCAUCGCCUAUGACACACCCGUUCCAGGCUACCAUACCACCAACACCAACAACAUCCGUCUCUGGAGCUCCAAGCCACACAAAGAGUUUGAUUUGGAAGCUUUCAAUGGCGGUAACUAUCUCAGUGCCGUUGAAGCCAAGCAACGUUCUGAAAACAUUACAUCUGUCCUCUACCCCAACGACAAUACCUACUCGGGCAAAGAGUUGCGUCUCAAGCAACAAUUCUUUUUCGUUGCAGCCACUCUCUGCGAUAUCAUCCGUCGUUACAAAAAGAAUCAUCAAGGUUGGGCCGAGUUUAGCGACAAGGUUGCCAUCCAACUCAACGACACUCAUCCCACCAUUGGUAUUGUCGAGUUGUUCCGUAAACUCGUCGAUGAAGAGGGUCUCGUUUGGGAGGAAGCUUGGAACAUUGUCACCAAGACCUAUGCCUACACCAACCACACCAUUCUCCCUGAAGCCCUCGAGAUGUGGCCCGUCCAACUCCUCGAAGACUUGCUUCCACGUCACAUGCAACUCAUCUAUGGCAUCAACCACCGUUUCCUCAUCCAGGUCACCCAAAAGUGGCCAGGAAACAUUGACAAGAUGCGUAACCUCUCCAUCAUCCAAGAGGGUGACGAGAAGAAGGUCAGAAUGGCCCAUCUUGCCAUCGUCGGCUCGCACUGUGUCAAUGGUGUAGCUGCCAUGCACUCGGACCUCGUCAAGCACCGUGUCUUCCCAGACUUUUUGGCUCUCUUCCCAACCAAGUUCCAAAACAAGACCAAUGGUGUCACCCCACGUCGUUGGAUCGAGCAAGCCAACCCAGGUCUCAGCUCCAUCUUUACCAAGUGGCUCAAGACUGACCAAUGGACCACCAACCUCGAACUCGUCAAGGAUCUCAAGAAUCACAUCAACGAUCCUGCCUUGAUCGAAGAAUGGAAGGCUGUCAAGCAAUACAACAAGGAACGUCUUGCCGACUUUAUUCACAAACAUUGUGGUGUUCAAAUUAAUACCAAUGCUCUAUUUGAUGUUCACAUUAAAAGAAUUCAUGAGUACAAGAGACAAUUAUUAAAUAUUUUAGGUGUAAUCUAUAGAUAUUUAUCAAUUAAAAAGAUGAGUCCAGAGGAAAGAAAGAAUGUAGUACCAAGAGUUGUAAUAUUUGCAGGAAAGGCAGCUCCAGGUUACUUUAUGGCCAAGAGACAUAUCAAGUUGAUCAACUCUGUCGCUGAAGUGAUCAACCGUGACAAGGAGGUUGACCAAUACCUCAAGGUUGUCUUUAUUGCCAACUACAAUGUCUCUAUUGCUCAAGUCAUUGUGCCAGCAUCUGACAUUAACCAACAGAUCAGUACCGCUGGUACUGAAGCCUCUGGUACCUCCAACAUGAAGUUUACCAUGAACGGUUCGUUGAUUAUCGGUACAUUGGACGGUGCCAACGUCGAGAUUGCCGAAGAGGUCGGUGAAGACAACAUGUUUAUCUUUGGUCUCCGUACCAGCGAGAUUGACAAGGCCCGUGAAAAGAUGAAAAACAAGGAAGUCGUCAUUGACCCACGUCUCCAAGAAGUCUUUUUGAACAUCGAGCUUGGCACCUUUGGUCCACCAGAGAUCUUUAAGCCAAUCCUCGACUCUCUCAUUUUCAAUGACUUUUACCUUACCAUGCAAGAUUUCCCACUCUACUUGGAUGCUCAAGCUGAAGUAGACGCCCUCUGGAGACGUCAAGAUGAAUGGAUCAGAAAAUCAAUCAUCAAUGCUUCAAGCACCUAUUUCUUCUCAUCGGAUCGUGCCAUGAAUGAAUAUGCCGAACAAAUUUGGAAUAUUAAACCAUGUGAAGUUGAAACUACUGAUAAUAGAAGAUAUUAA